AUAUAUAUAAACAUUCAUACAUGUAUAUAUUACUGAAAAUACGAGUGCUGUUGAGAAAAUUUGAGAUCUACAAGACGUAGUUAGCUACUAUGAUUCCCUAUGUAAUCGCCACAUAACUAUGCAUUCUGCUUUAAAGCAUCUUUCCAAAUAUUUAAUUACAUAUUUCAUUAAUUUCACAGAAGUUAUAACGGAGAAAGUAACACGCACAGAAACUCGUUCUGAAGUGGAGUCUACAGUUGAUGUUGUGCAACAGGACGAGCGUCCUAAAGAACAACCAUCUGAGGCUGAAGCCACAGUUGAAAUUAUCAGAGAAACCGAAACUCGCAUAGAAAAACCAUCUGAAGUUGAAUCUACCGUUGAUGUUGUGCAACAGGACGAGCGUCCUAAAGAACAACCAUCUGAGGCCGAUGCCACAGUUGAAAUUAUCAGAGAAACCGAAACUCGCAUAGAAAAACCAUCUGAAGUUGAAUCUACCGUUGAAACUCGUUCUCAAGUGGAGUCUACAGUUGAUGUUGUGCAACAGGACGAGCGUCCUAAAGAACAACCAUCUGAGGCCGAAGCCACAGUUGAAAAACCUUCUGCUGUUGAAUCUACUGUUGAACAACCAUCUGAGGCCGAAGCCACAGUUGAAAAACCGUCUGAAGUUGAACCUACUGUUGAACAACCUACUGAGGCCGAAGCAACAGUCGAAAUUGUUAGAGAGACCGUAACUUGCAUAGAAAAACCAUCUGAAGUUGAAUCUACUGUUGAAGCACUUUCUGCAGUGGAAUCUACAGUUGAACAACCAUCUGGCGUCGAAGCCACAGUUGAAAUUAUUAGAGAAACCGAAACUCGAAUAGAAAAACCAUCUGAAGUUGAAUCUACUGUUGAAGUCGUAACAGAAAAAGUAACUCGUACAGAAACACGUUCUGAAGUGGAAUCUACAGUUGAUGUUGUGCAACAGGACGAGCGUCCUAAAGAACAACCUUCUGAGGCCGAAGCCACAGUUGAAAUCAUUAAAGAAACGGAAACUCGCAUAGAAAAACCAGUUGAAGUUGAAUCUACUGUUGAAGUUGUAACGGAGAAAGUAACUCGUACAGAAACACGUUCUGAAGUGGAAUCUACAGUUGAUGUUGUGCAACAGGACGAGCGUCCUAAAGAACAACCAUCUGAGGCCGAAGCCACAGUUGAAAUUGUUAGAGAAACCGAAACUCGCAUAGAAAAACCAACUGAAGUUGAAUCUACUGUUGAAGUCGUAACGGAAAAAGUAACUCGUACAGAAACACGUUCUGAAGUGGAAUCCACAGUUGAUAUUGUAACACAGGAGGAGCGCCCAAAAGAACAACCAUCUGGGGUCGAAGCCACAGUUGAAAUUAUUAGAGAAACCGAAACUCGCAUAGAAAAACCGUCUGAUGUUGAAUCUACUGUUGAUAUUGUGGCACAGACCGAGCGUCCAAAGGAGUUCUUAUUGUGA